UGCCAGAUAUGGCUUCCUAUUUUACCGCCUUUAUUUUAAUUUGUUUUUUGUUAAAUUUGUUUGUGUAGUGUGAUAAUAUGGACCACAAAGCAAAGAGUUCAUGUACGGUGAGAAUAUGUGUUAUUAGAAUUGUGGAUACCUGGUAACAUAACGGGAACUUAACGCUUCCCGGCGGCCAUGAUGCCCUGGCCUCGUCAGUCAGCUUCCAUUCGCCGCCCGGGGUAGAAGGGCUGCGCACACCUCGUCGACUUCAAUUUUAGUUUCACUGAUCUGGACACAUAAAAUGAAAGACAUCACGCAUUACUUCCAGUCGCCCACGAGAGAAGAUGGGGAUACGGAAGCAGAUAUCUUACUUAAUGUACCUGAGCGAGCUACACCAAAAAGAAGUGGUAGCGCCUCAGCUGUAAAAACUAAUGUACCUCAGUCGUGCGCCCACGUUAUAGUCAGUUGCGACGCAAGAAAUGUUGAUGGUGCUGAUGCUAAGAGGAGGAAAAGGAAAGUCAAACGUAAAGCUAGUGAGGUUAUUGUGGGUGUGGAAACAGUUCACUCGGAAAUUACAAUUACAACCAGUGAAAUUCAGGAAACUUCUCAACAUGCUUAUUGCGAAAAAGAAACUAAAACUACUGCAAAGAAUUCUACUAAAACAAAUCGCAGUGGAAAGUCAAAAAGUUCAGAUCGAUCAUGUAAAAUAGAAAAUGCAUUAGUGUCUUCUCAUGAAAAAGAUGCAUCUCAAAUUUCUUCUGCGCUGUCAGACAUCGUCAGAAAGUCCGGCACUGAUGCGUUUGAAGUGCAGAUGGCAGUGCACAUGCAAAAUGUUGGCGAUGAUUGCGUGGUUGCGGAAAACGAACAUAAACCAACUAGUGUUAGCAUGUCAGAUGAAGGCUCUGCAAAUAGUACAUCGAGAUGGGAGACUAAGACCAAGCGAAAGCAUAAUCUGGAAGAAAUGAUAAGGCGAAACCGUAAACGCAGGAGCCCCAUCAGCGACGAUGUCGGGAAGCAAAAGUGUAAAAAAUGGAAGCGUGUCAUUGUUGAUGAGUCUGAGAGCGAAGACGUUCAAAUAGAGUGCGUAGGGUCUGCCAUUGAAGAGUGUGUUGGUGAUUCCAAACAGAUUGAGAAUAAAACUCUUUCGGAGAAUGUCGCAGUAGUACAAAAUGCCAAGGAUGCAAAGUUGAAGUCACAACUAAAGAAUAACCGUGCAGAUGCACUCAUUGAAGACCUAGCUGAAGGAAAUACCUUAGUCUUAGAGCCAGACGAAGUAUGUAAGCCAUCGAGUCCUGAUUUGGGGGAGCAGGACGUCUUGCUUGUACAGUACAAAAAGACGUUGAAGCACGUGAGGAAGGCAGAGAAAGCUUUAAGGAAAUUUGAAAAGUUGAAAAGUCUCCAGGAAAAGUUGGAGGCACCACCUACCAGGGUUCCUGAGUCAAAAAAUGAAAAACUGUCAGAGCUUCAAAAAACUUUAAAUAAUGUUGAGCAGUCAGACGUCGACAUCGAUGAAAGUAACACUACUUGUGUAAAAUCGAUUCUUGGAAACGUGUUUCCAAAGUCUGUCCCAUCAUCAGAAAGGAAAAUUAGAAAACGUGUUUCAUCCAAUAAGCUUGCACGGCCCAAAGAAGUUGAAUCUCCAAUUCUGGACGAUUCUUUUGAAGAUGUCGAAAACUGCAUCGAAGCUAAGAAGAAAAGCAUUUUCAGCUAUUUUAGUAGGGUUUCCAAAGAAGAGGUGUUGACGAAGCCACAAAGACUUUCAGUCAAAGUUCUGAUUCAUUCCCCACCCUCCACACCCAUGAAGAUAAAAACAAGGAAAAAAGAUCUCACACCGAUAAUCUCGAGUCAAAGAAGGAAGUCAAAGAGAAGUUUGAGCAACAGAGAGGUCGCUGAUAAUAUUAAUGUCCUGGGUUCCGAAGUUCUGGAAAUUUUAGGUGGCUCAUCUGUAGAUGAAGAUGUGACUCCGAUGAACCUGAGUGUUGGUGACAGAAAGACCUCUUCGCUGAGGAACUGGAAGGUUCGAAUGGUUCGAGUGACUUCCUGUGGGGAUGAGGGCAGCACAGACAGCGGAAGUGAACACGACCUUGUCGAGCUGGCGGAAAGCAGCGAUUCAGCAUUCACCCCGCCCAAGAAGAGAAAGGACGUGAGGCGAGCCGGAAGGGGUCGACCGAGAAAAGUUUCCGCCCGGGCGGAGGAGAAAGCAACAGGUAGUCCGCGAGCCAGUAGGAGGCUAGCCAUGAAGAAUUGUGUUGUAGUUGACAGUAAAGCUGUACCUUCUUCUAGCGACGCAGCAGAAAUAAGAAUGGAACUAAAACAGGAAGAUGAGAGCUCUGGGCAGUCUCGGAAGUCGGUCGCUGCAACCACAAAAGCUGCAGUGAAACUAGCGCCUCUGUUUCUUCAAGAGAGAACAAAUAGAAAGAGCAAGCCAGACCCGGCAGUAAUUGAAGCUCGUAAAAACUUUCUCAUGAGCGGAGUGCCUGAUGCAGUCCAAAAGAUGAUAAAGAUUCAAAAAAGCUUCGAAGAUCAGAACUAUGAUGCAUUUCCAGAAGUGAGUCACGUGCAACAGAUAGAUGACAGUCACUACGUUUGGCAUCUCCCUCGUGACAGUCGUUUACAACUGAAACCGGAAGCAGCGGACGAUUGCGAGCCCGCAGGGAGCAGAAGAGAGCGCUUGGCGCUGGGUACGUUCACGGGAAAGGAGCCAGCGGAGCCCAGAGCGGAGACGCUCGGCCCCCCGCCGCCCGUCGCAGCCUUCAGGAAGAUACUGAGGGAGGUGAAGCGAGAGUUCCCCGACUUCCCGGUGUACCGCACGUUCCGGGCGCUGCGGGGCAAGUUCCUGGGCGGAGGGCCCGGGCCGCGCGCCAGGAAGCCCAAGCGGCGGGGGAGAGGCGCCCGGCCCGACGGGGAAGACCCGGCAUCGUCGCAGCCCCACGUCCUGUGGGCCGAGAAGUACCGGCCGCUGUGCGUCAAUGACAUGAUCUGCAACCUCGCGAGCGCCAGGCACCUCAGAGCCUGGCUCGAGUCCUGGAAGAAAUUUGUGGCGGAAAUGAAUGCCGCUGAAAAGGUCCCCAAUGCGGACGACAGCGAUGGAGGGAGCUUCGCCGGCGACGAUGACGACAACAGCGGCAGCGAGCACGGGCCCUCGCCGGUCAAUGCUGCCGUGCUGGUGGGCCCGGCGGGUAGCGGGAAGACUGCGGCCGUGUACGCGGUCGCGGGCGAGCUGGACUGCAAGGUGCUGGAAAUAAAUGCAUCAUCCAAACGUACUGGCAAACGAGUGCUGUCGGAGUUCCUCGAAGCAACCCAGUCGCAUCAGGUCAGGAAGUCAUCAAAGCUGAGUGCGACUAGCGGGAACAGUUUCUUCAAAGAAGAGCCGAGGGUGAAAAACGGAAAAAAACACUCAAAGUUGGAGGAAUCAAAGCACACGCAGGCCGAAGACCACAACUCUAAGAAACUGUCCAUCAUACUUGUGGAGGAUGCAGAUCUUGUAUUUGAAGACCAGGAUGAUGGAUUCUUGUCAGCACUGUCCUUACUGCUGUCGUCGUCGAAACGUCCGGUCAUUCUGACCACCAGCGACCCAAGCUGUCCUCACCUUUCCAAGUGGAUGCAGCAGUACAGCGUUCUUCAGUUUGCCCCACCUUCUGCCAAGUUUAUGUGUGUGUGGCUGCAGUUGGUCAGCCUGCUGGAGGGCAGCCGACUGAGCCACGCGGCGCUGCGCGGGUUGUUCCAUGCCAGCGGGCGGGACAUGCGGAGGACCAUCCACGGCCUGCAGUUCUGGGCGCAGGCCAGUGACGGCUGCACCGGCGCGCCGGAGAGGCUGCGGGCUCUGGCGCCGGCGGACGGCUCUCCCCUCCACGGGACGGACGUCUGCGCGGACGACGACUCCAACCUGGUCUGGGCGUCGGCUCGGUGCGCGGACGAAACCGAGGUCCAGCCGGCUCCCGCUUGUGACGCCGCGCUGUCUUCCUGUGGCCGCCGCCUUCCCCCUCCGCGUUUGCUUUUGGGGACGCUGUGGUGGAAUCUCGGCAUGCUACUGGGUUUCGGCGAAUGUAGAACCUCGUGCCUUCCUCUCCCAGGUGGCUGUGCGACGGAGGCUGGCGAUACCUGCGAAUCAAACAAGUUUUCUGGUAAAGUGCAGAACAACCGUGGAAACGUCGAGGAUCCAAAGCCUGUAGAUGGCGACGAGGGCACUGCCACAUGCUCUGCAGUUGGCGUCCCGAGUUGCUGGGUAAACAAGCGUGGUCCCCAGAGAGACGAUACUUGCUUGCAAGCGCAGAUGGAUUCGCUGAGUAGUCUCAUGGAUGUUUUGUCGGAAACAUGCGUCAUGUACUCCGGCUGCUUGCGCUUGGACGAUGCGGUCGAUCUGGAGCCGUCCGUACGGCCGUGGGAGCGGAUGACCAAGGAUGGCCUUUUGCUGAAAGAGGAUGUUCUCACAUGUAAUUACGCUAGUAGAACCACUUCUGAUGACCUUUGUUGCUAUUUGGUACAAGAAAGUGUUCAGCAGUGCAUGAUUUCGUUAGCAAGUGCCACCAACAAAGGGAGUGAACAAGUCCAGAGAUUUGAGUGGACUGAUGCUCUUACACCAUCAGCUGAUAAGUUAAGGCGCCGCGCCGAGGCCCACAGGGCGGACGAAGCGGCGUCGGCGGCCGUUUGCGCGAGCUCCCUGCUGGACCGCGGCGCUGUGGCCCAGGACUACGCCCCGCUGCUGAGGGCCAUCGGCCGCUUGGAGAGGGCCCGCCUGGCCGGCAACGCCAAGAGGAGGAACCGGUUCUUCCACUACCUGAAGGGACUCGGCGUCGACACCACCGAGUCGGUUCUCGGCACCAUGUGCUCGUCCUUCGAGGAGUCGUAGCCGUGCCGGAUCGCUCGAUACUCUCCUGUGGCCUGCAGACCCCCCCCCUUCCCGCUCGAUGGAUCAUUGGAUCAUGCACUACUCUGCAGUGUACCUUUCUGGCACUUUAAACGGGUGUUUCGAUGGCUUAGAAUGAAAACCGUGUAUCUCAUAAAAUGCAAAUUUUACAGCAGAGACAAAAAACCGUGCUACUGAUAUACGUGGUUUCUUUUUUUCUCCAAUAGAAAGCAGUAAGGAUGCACAUUUUAUUUCUUUCAGCCAAACAUUUUGUGAGAUAAGAGGUUUUCCAGCCAAAAAAAAAAAAAAAAACGUAUUUUCGUCCAAAAACUGAGAUACGAGGUUUUCAUUCUAAGCCAUCGAUUUACAGUUUCGUUUUCAUAGCAUGUAAAUACUAAUGUAUUUUAGUGAAGGCCUUGUAGUUUUUUUACUUAAUUGUACGUUUCACUGACCUGUGAGAAUUGAUUCUAUGAUAAAUCACCACUGAAUAUAUUUGUUUCAUCUUUUAAUCAAUUUGAUUUUUUUCCUCAUUUUCUCCAAGAUAAAAUUUUACUUAUAAAUGUUUAUCAUAAGUUGUAUGUUAUGACCUCUGUGGGGAGAACUGGGUUCGUAAGGGAUAGCCCAAUUGAGUUUUAGUACAGUUUUAUCAAUUACUUAAUGUCUGAUCAGAAAUCACAGGCACUUAUAAAUGUUUAUUCUCAAGUCACUCAAUGUCGGUCAAGUUCCACAGUUCGCACUCCCCACUGGAGCUAGGCUCAACAGUGGUUCGCCCCUUAUCUCGCACACUGUCCACACACACACACACACACACACACACACACGCACAGUCUCUCGCCGCACACUCACUAUCCAGUUGAACUCCACGUCGUGCCACUCUCGGGGGAGAGUCUCUUGCCCUCUUCGCCGGUGUCGCUCUCCCCUUCACUCGCGUAACUCUCGAACUCCGGAACUGUCGCAGGACUCGCUCGGAACUCUCACGGAGGCCGGCGUCGCUGCUUUUAAGUACCUGGGGCGCCCUUCUUGAACCGGACGAGAGUGGCUGUUACAAGUUGUGUCGUUCCGGGCUGACCCGGCACUCGAAAAGUCAAGAAAGGCGGCAUCCCAUUCACGCCACUCCGUACGGUAGCGCGCAGAAUUCCUAAGGCCGCUCAGUGAUAGAUAACAGCGCCGAGGAAGGAUGAUGCGGGGGAGCGGAGGGGGAAGGGGCGUAGCAAUGACACUUGUAAUCUGGCCAGGCACGUGUGGCAUGACUUACUUCAGUGGACGGCACGUGACAACACGGCUCGUGACGCCAGUGGCCAUGCAGGGUCGCCAGCCGGCUUUGAACCUGGCAUCGCAGUCUGGUCUCUCGCGCAGUAAAAUAUUGCAUUUACCCAAAUAAGCCCUGCAUUUUUUUUUUGUUGUAAAAUAUGUGUUUAUUCAAAACUUUACAAUGAAUGCUGCAUACCACAGGUUUCAUCAAGCUUCAAGUUUAACAUAUUUAUUCUUAUUGAACUGUGUUGUGAAUGUAUGUAUCUGUGAAAAAGCAGUUUCUGUUGUGAAUGAUUUUAAGGAAACUGAAGAAAUAAGAAAUUGAUACGUGGGGAAAAAAUAUUUUGCUACGGAAAGUUGCAAACGAUAAUUUUUAAUCUCGAAUUCAAAUCUCAAGUACUUCGAAAACAGUCCUCAUAUAUGAAUAUAGGUCUCAAGGGUUCAAAAUUAAAUAAUAUAUAAGAAAUUAAAAAUAUUAACUAUAAAAAUUUAACAUUUUAAAUGUUUUAUUCAUGGACUAAGUUUCCAGAAUCAUUACAUAUUGCAAUUUAAUUUUUAUAAUUAAUUCUUAAAAGUAGAAUACCUUGGGGAAUGGUAACAGGAUUGGUAUGAAGAAAAGUAUUUAUUUACCUUGUGAACUUCAGAGAUUAUCAGUGUUGAAUUUUUUAAUUUACCUUAUUUCAUCUAAUAUUUUUCUAUGAAUCUUUUUCCUUGAAUAUUGAAUUUUUUUAGAGAUGUACGAACCUGCAAAUUUUUAAGUCGAGUCGAGUCGAGUCGAAUUUUACAAUAAUUAGUUCGAGUCGAUUCGAGUCGAGUUUGUAGAUCAUAAAUUCAAGUCGAGUCAAUUCGAGUCUGAAUUUUUAUUUGAAUCUUUGACACUUAAGUCGAGCUUGAAUAUUUGCACUUUAUUGCUAAGAGUCCUUAGAUGGUUGUCUUGUUAUAUCAUGGCCCACUUAAUCAAAUAUAUUUAAAAUACAAGUACUUAUUAAUACAAAUAAUUCAUUUAGGUUAAAUUCUUAACUGAUAUAAUACAAUUCAAUAAUUGAGGUAUAGAGCAUAGAAUAAAAGUAUUUUCGAAAUUUUAAAAUUUUAUUUAACAAAUAUCGCCCAACUGUGAAAAUUAAAAAAUUCGAUAUCUCCUAAAGUAUUUGAAAUUUCUUAUAUUUGCCGGCUUUAAUGAAAAGAGGAAUUUAAAGAGCAUGUAAUAAAAGUAUUUUCAGAUUUUUAACAUUUUUGUUUCGCAAAUACCGCUCUUACCUUAUUUUGAACCGAACGAGUUAGCUGCGGCCUGUAGCAUUCACGAGUCAAUAAAAAACAUUGAAUAUAAUUUAGGCUUGUUGGCGCGAAGGUUAGGGUAAGAUUCACACAAUCAUUAGAACAUAUUUGAAAACUUUCACUUAUGGGAAGUGUAAGGCCGUGCUACAAUUGGCGCAACAUUACAAUAAACGUUCCCAUAACAAAUAUAAUACAUUUAAAGAUUAUUGCUACAACACUAACGCCGUUACGUUGCCGGCCAAUCGCAAGCUGGCACUUCCAAAAAAUACAUGCUUUUGUAUUUGUAUUGAAUAGUUACACUUUAUAAAAUACUUUAUACUUCAUAAUUAAUUUUAACUUGCCACUUUAACUUGGAUAGCAAACAAUUAUACAAAACGCAAUCUCGCCGAACGUAAUAGUGUAAACAAACACGGAAAAAAAAAUUCAUGUUCGCCAACCUAUACUUCCUAAAAUUAGUGGAGCAAAGUUUUUUUUAAAUGCCAUUUCGUGAUUGGUGGCGUAUCAGUCGCAAACAUGCGCACAAAUAUAACGCUACCGUUAAUUUAUUAUUGUAACGUUGCGCCGAUUGUAGUACGGAUUUACUAAAAAAAAAAAAAAGUAAUAUUUCUGCCGAUAUUGUGAUUAUAAAAUUUAAUUCGUGUUUUGUUUAUUAAAAAUGUUUUCGUCUUCUUUGCUAUGUGGUCACACCUGUUAAGUUGGCAAUUUGUAAAACUAAAAUAUAAAUAAUAUGGCCGAUUGUCGUCAUUGUUUGUAAGUACGUGUUUCGGUCUUACGUACGUAAUUUUUAGUGUCGGCCGAAGUCACGUAAGGAGAUAUUAAGAAUUUGUUGUAAUUCAAUUUUAUUUUAUUUUAUCAUAGAGUUUCGCCCCGUCGAGUAAAAUAAACUCGAAUGCCGAGCCGAGCCGAGCUGAUGCUACUCGCUCGACUCGACUCGAAUUUUUGAGUCUCGGCCCAUCACUAAAUUUUUUGAAUACUAAGGAUUCAAUUGUACAUAUUUGAGAAUUUGAUUGUCACAUCCAUAAUAUAUAGUCUUUUGUGGCCGAGUUAUUAAUGUUCUUUUACUGCAUUGAAGAAAACAGUUUCGUUUGGUAACCAUUUUAUAUUCAUGACAGAUUUUUGUUGGUAAAAGAGAUUUAAAAUUAUUAUAAAGCCUGUCAGCGUGGUGGGUUUUGACUUAGGCUUGAAUCGCACCACUUGGUCGGAUUAAUGAGGGGUUACGUGACCAGCAGUAGCAUGUCUGCUGUCUCCAGUGACGGAAGGCGACUAGGGGAGAAGCGAAAGUUGCAGGCUUGUUAGUGGUGCACUCUGGUACUAGGAUUGUCAGUUACAAGGGGCAAAAUCAAUUACAAUCUCUGACAAAGCUAUUUCUGUUAAAAGCAUGGAAUGGUAUUAAACUGAAAUGUUUUUGCCACUAUUUAUGUUUUUAUUUUUAAUUGAUGUACGUUCUCUGUAAAUUAAUUUCUGAUAAUUUUUAAAGAUAUAUUUUAUGGUUUGUCUUCUACUUGCAUAGCUACAAAAAUAAUAACAACUUCCAGGAACAACUUUGUGUUUCGUAUUAAAGUGACUUUUUUUAAGUGUUUUAUAACUUAGGUAUUGUGCAACUACACCAGCCUAAACAAUGCUAGUGUUGGAAACUUUAUAUAUUCAAAUACGGUUACUGUAAAGGGUUUUUGAACCAAAUUUUUUAUGUAUAAGUUUCAUAAAGUAAUUAGCACAGAUCUAGGGUCAUCGGCGAGGUGGGAAGAGACAUGGUCAUUCGCCAUUUUCUGAUAUCCGACCCAGUCUUCACAACCAUCACCGCCCGAGGUAGGAAGCAUGUGCAUCCCGGAGACUUCGAUCUUUUUAAAAUGAAAUUAUAUCUCCUAUGUUAAUUACAUUAUUAUUUUGUAAAUCAGAAAUGUUAAGAGCCUCUUAGGAAUGUUAUGCCCAAUCCCUAUUGUAUAAACAAUGUGGUCCAUGAAAUUUUAAAUUUAAUUUCAGGUUGUUUAAUCUCAAGUACAUUUAUUUAAAUGUACCCAUUUCCAAUGUAUUUAGACAUAUUAGGUAAUUAGUACUGUAAAUUGAUUGUAAUGGGAUAGUGUUUGAUUUAAAUGUUUGUUAGCAAGCACACUUACUUGAUUGGGUUAUGAAUAAUUUUUAUUAAUGUACUCUCUUAUGGAAAAAACUUAUUUCAUUAGCUCUCUGUUUUCUUAGAAUGAAUUAGGGCUGGUGUAUGCAAUAUAUGAAAAGAGACUUCGGGGUAGCGGAAUAUGCUGUUGAGGAGUCAUUAUUUAUAUGUCAAUAUUGUUAUGUUUGGAAGCUCAUCAAUAAAAUUGGAUCAAAGACAAAGAUGCAGUGAAAAAACGUCCAGCACACAUGUGCUGUUCCCAACCCUUGGGGUUUACCAGUGUGUUGUUAAAUAGCCAGUUAUUCACUAAGAGUGCUUGGCAGUCGUUGAGUGACUUGAAACGGCCGUUUUUAUGGUAGAGAAAGUAUUUUGAAACUGAAACUUUAUUUCUUCUAGUUUUGAGGUUCAAACCUAAUCCAAGUUGACAAAUGUGAUCUUUAAUGCAAUGAUUUAGUUGUAGAUUGUUUAAUUAUAAUUUAUUAUUGCCACUCUAUGGUUUAUUUACCUGUGCAAUCUUUUUUUUUUUUUUAGUUUUAUAGUAGUAUGGGAAAUAUAUAUAUUUAUUGCAACUACUUAUUACUUAUAACUUGGGAAUUGUCAUGGUAAAAUAUGUAUAUUUUAUAGUGUGGAUGCACAUGACAAACAAUGUGUUUGUGCUAUUUGAAACCUUGUAUUUAUAUAUAUUUUUUGUACAUUAAAGAAAUUAAA